AUGGAGAAUUUUUUGGUUCUGCUCGUGAUCCUGCUGGGGAGGCUGGGGAGUUGCACGGUUCACAACGACGCCACCGAGGCGCUGGACCGGCCCGCGGUGGUCGCCCAGGGCCAGGCCAGAGACGAGCCCGUUCAGGAGGACUCCAACCAGGCCAGGAACGGCGGGAGAAGGGGCUCGGAGAAUAACGCGCGGAGCGGUCCGGACCAGAGCCAGGUGGGCUGCAGAGAGCUCAGGUCCACCAAGUACAUCUCGGACGGGCAGUGCACCAGCGUGAACCCCAUAAAGGAGCUGGUGUGUGCGGGCGAGUGUCUGCCCUCUCACCUGCUGCCCAACUGGAUCGGCGGCGCCAGUAACUCGGGUCGGUACUGGAGUCGGCGCGACACGGUGGAGUGGCGCUGCGUGAUCGACCGCACGCGCACACAGCGCAUCCGCCUGCAGUGUGAGGACGGAUCCUCCAGGACCUACAAGAUCACCGUGGUCACGUCGUGUAAAUGCAAACGCUACAGCCGCCAACAGAACGACUCCGCCCACAGAGACCCCGCCCACACAGACAACAGGAGGAGGAGCCACAAAAAGACUGCGCUGCCCGAGGAACAGACUGCAUGA